AUGGCCGAUGCUUCUGAAGACAAUAUUUUCCAGCUAUUGAAGAAUGCCGACCCAAAAGAGCUUGAACAGCGCCAGCAAGCUUUAAAUGAGAAGAUUCAUAAGGCGUUCCAACUAAGCCAGCAAAGACUUGCUGGGCUGAUCGACCAGAACUCAACGCUGCCUACCACUGUUUCCUCUGUCAUCGUCCUAGGAGCUCCAAAUACUCGGCAUGGCUUUCUGGAGAAGGUGGUCAACCCUUUGCUAAGUGCCAAUCGCGAUCGCCCUUACACUCAAUCCGAACUCAUCCAUGAGGUGGCCAAAACUGCCAACAAGCUCAGAAAAUUCGGAAUCUAUCACGAACCAGUCUCCGUCUACCUGGAUAAAUCCUCCAAGACCGAUCCGACCACCACCCCAACCGACGUUACCAUUUAUUAUUCCGUGAAAGAGAAGAGCCGGACAUUUGCAAAGACCGGAACAGAUCUCGGUAAUGCUGAAGGUUCAGCCUACGCCAAUGUGCAAUGGAGGAAUCUCUUUGGUGGAGCAGAGACUUUGGAUGUGAACGCGUCCAUAGGAACGCGGACACGCUCCUCGUAUCAAGCUGCAUUUGACGCUCCAAUCCUCAGCAACCCCGACUGUCGCUUUCAGGUUGGCGGCGUGCAGAGUGCCACUCAAAAAGGAUUUGCCAGUCAUGAAGAAGUCCUCAAAGGGGGUUGGUCAAAAUUUCGCUGGUUAACAUCGAGCGGAUCGCUGCAUGAGAUAGGAUACAACAGCUUCUGGCGACAAGUGACCGGCCUGGCACAGAAUGCUUCACCGACGGUGAAGAAUGAAGCCGGCGAUUCCUUCAAAAGCAGCAUCUCACAUACAUGGUCGACUGACAGGAGGGACAACCCCAUGCUUCCAUCCCGUGGAUAUUAUGCCAAGACCACGUCGGAAUUGGCCGGCUGGGGACCGCUACGAGGCGAUGUCGCCUUUUUCAAAAGUGAGAUAGAGACGCAAUCGGCCAUACCAAUCCCAGUGCCGGGAAUCAGAGGUGACAGCGGGGUCAGCUUCAGUUCUGGGCUUCGCGCUGGACUGCUCUACCCACUGACGCUCGGUUCGAAUCCACACCCAGAAAUGUCCCGCAUAAAUGACAGGUUCCAGCUAGGCGGUCCGACGGAUGUUCGAGGUUUCAGAUUGUCCGGCCUGGGGCCGCACGAUGGACCGGAUGCAGUGGGUGGGGACAUCUACGCGGCUGGCAGUGCAAAUCUUCUGGUACCUCUUCCGAAAGUUGGAAAAGAUAAGCCAUUCCGUUUACAGGCAUUUGUGAAUGGUGGCAGAUUGUUGGCCAUACGAAACGAAGAAAGAGAAGGGCCGAUGACAAGCGAGGAAGUUAAGCAAAGUGUGUCUAACGCGAUCACCGAGCUGGGGAAUGGACUUCCAACGAUGUCAGCCGGUAUUGGGUUAGUAUAUGCUCACCCUGUGGCACGAUUUGAGCUCAAUUUCUCCUUGCCACUGGUUGUCCGGAAGCACGAAGAAGCCAGGAAAGGAGUGUCUUUCGGAAUCGGCAUCAAUUUCUUGUAG